AUGGUUACCGCUUGUAGGGAAAUGCACACAAUGAAACCUACUGUGAGUAACAAAGCACAACCAGAAGGCUCGAUAGCUAAUGCACGCAUAAUGGAAGAAUGUCUUGCCUUUAUAUCUAGAUAUCUAAAUGGGAUUGAGACUAAGUUCAAUCGCAUGAGUAGAAAUGACAUGGAUAUGCAAGAAUCUCUAUUGUUCAAGUUAUCAGUUUUCCAAAAGAAGGGGAAUCCAUUAGGCAAAAGAACAUUUAAGCAAUUGAGCUUUUUGGAUUGGAAGCAAGCUCAAUUGUAUGUUCUAAUGAAUUGUCAAGAAGUACAACCAUUUAUAGGAGAGUAUGCCACUAUACAUGGGCCAAAACCAAGUCUAGUUGAUUGGUUUCAAUCUCAAAUUUGGAAGCUUUACAAGGAGGGAGAUCCAAGAGUAACAGCUGAGUUAUUGUCAUUGUCACGAGGCCCGAGUAAGAGUGUGAGAAGUUAUCAGGGAUACUAUGUAAAUGGGUAUCGCUUUCACACUAAGAAGCGCCAAAGAAGGCGAAAGACACAAAAUAGUGGAGUAGUUGUCAAAGGAGAUGAAGAGAGCGGAGAAAAAGACUUCUUUGGGGUUUUGAAAGAAGUCAUAGAACUUGAAUAUGAUGCUCCAAAUAGUGGUGACAAAGAACCUAUUGUGGUGUUGUUUAGAUGCGUUUGGUUUGAUGUCUAUAGGGAGGGGCGAGGGAUUAAAAGGGACAAGUUUGGUGGCAUAAGCCUAAAUUUCAAAAAGUUUUUAGGGACCAAUGAGCCAUUUGCUAUGGCAUCUCAAGUAGGGCAAGUUUAUUAUGUUAGGGUACAUAAUGAGCCGGAUUGGAGAACUCCUAUUAAGACGGUCCCUCGUAAUUUCUAUAAUUUUCCAAUAGUUGAGGCAGAUGACUCUGAUGAUGAGCAUGAUGAUGUGGACGUUGGAAUACCAAACGCAGUGGCAGAUGAUGGAGAUGAUGUUGUGAUCUUACCUAGAAAUGAUGUUCCGCCGGAAUUAGUGAAUGCAACUGAAUUUGAGUCGGGGGAGGACGAGAUUUUGAAUGAGGAAGAAGAAGAAGACAGUGAGCAAGAUGAGGAAAGUGAGCUAGAUGAUGAUGAAGAAGAUAUUCCAGAGGGUUUAUAUGACUUGGACUCAAGCAGCGAAUGA